UCUUUCCGGUCGGCGGCAAGAUGGCGGCGGGGCUGGUGGAGUUGCGGCGGUUGCAGUGGCGAUUGGAGGAGCUGGAGCAGCGUGUUGGCGACGGAACCUGCGGGCCGCGCAAGGUGGCGGACGAGCUAGUGAAGGUGCAGGUGGCGCUGAGCAAUAUCGCCGGCAAGAGGGAGAGGAUCAAAAUCCUGUUUAAGAAAAUUGAAGAUGUAAUAAAAUACCUUGACCCUCAGUACAUUGAUAGGAUGGCUGUUCCAGAUGCCAUGAAGUUGCAAUUCAUCUUGGCAGAGGAGCAGGUUAUUCCUUCCCGAGCAGCCCUUCUGGAGCAGGUGAAGAACCUCCAGCCUAUCUUGGAAAGUGCCAGUAUCCAAGCCUCAGACUUGAGGAGAGGACAGCUAAGCACACAACCUGGUGUGAGUAAACGGUUCCUGACCAUGCAGCCAAACUACAGCGACUCUCUCAAAUCCGCAUACAGCAGCAGGAACAGCGUCAAGAUCUCACUGACAGUGUCAAGAUGCUCCUUGAAGACUACAACAAAAUGACCCUGCUUCUCUCCAAGCAGUUUGUCCAGUGGAAUGAAAUACUGACACGGCUGGAAAUGGCCAAGGAAGCAAAACCUGUGGCAGAGUGAUGGUGGAGUCCAGAGCACAGAGAACCCCGGGGACCCUGCUGGCCUUGUGUCUCUCAGGAGAGGCUGCAGCAGCUUGCACCCUGUUGUCUCGGCAUCUUCCCACUCAUCAUGAGCAUGCUGCGAGUGACAUCGCAGGCUCUCAGGGGCACCCUGGCUCCGUGGCUGCACUGUGUCAGCCCCAAAUCGAAGCCAUGCUACUCCUUAAUAUGCCACUGUUUGCAAAUCUUGCACUUCCAUGAAAUACAUUUUGGUUUGUAACAUAUUUAAAAAUCCCUUUCUGCUCUUACUGUGGACCAUAGUAAAGUCCUGAAAUGCUAACUGGGUUGUCUCUUCCUCUCCUGGGGGCAGCCAUGGCACAGACUGGCUGUCCAUCCCUGUGUGGUUUUCCCCAAGCAGUGAACUGUGGAGACCUCAUGGCAGCUUGUAGGAGAUUGCUGGUGGCUCCUGGUACAGUGGUUUCAGCCUUGGGCCAAGGGCAAGUAAAUCUCUUCCAGUCCCACAGCCUUCCCUGAGCUGCAGCACGUGUUCUUCCUGC